AUGGUCGUAAUAUACAGCGUCAAAACGCACCUGCUCCACCCCCCACUCCCCGCGCCAGGCCCCAUCUUCGCGGUUCUGCUAGCGGCAUGGGUGCUGGCGGGCGUGUCGAUGGCGGCGUGGCUGUGCUACUCGCGGCACGCGUCGUACGAGAGCGAGCGCUGGCAGCACCUCGACACGUGGUGCUACGAGCGCGCCAAGCUCUUCGAGCAGCACACGCUCACCACCGUCAGCCAGAUCCGCACAUUCGCAGGGCUGGUGGCGGUGAUGGGGAAGCCGAAGAGGGACGGCGGCAAGUGGACGUGGGACAAGUGCUUCACUCGCCUGCGCUGGGACGAGUACAUCAACCAGACGGGAUACUCUCGCCCGGGAAACAUCGGCGCCAUGCUCUGCCUCUUUGUCACUGACAAGGAACGGCCUGCGUUUGAGAGGCAGUAUGGGGGGCCGAUAGUGGACAUGACAGGGCAGCCGCAGCAGCAGCAGCCGCUCUACUGCCCCAAGAUGAUCGACAUCCACUACUACCGCUCCUCCAUCCCCCUAGUCGACCUUGUUCAACGCAUACCUGAUGAGCUCGCCUUCCUCAGACGCACUGGGGAGGUUGGGUAUGGCGCUGUGACGCCUGUUGGGAACCUCAGCUACAAUCUCACUGGUGUUGCGGUGGGCUUCCCCAUCUUGCAGCACCCGCUGCCGCCAAACCCAACGCAGCAGCAGGCAGAGGAGGCGGUGAUCGGGGCAGCAGGGUCGGUGGUGGACCUCACCUCCAUCGCCAAGAACGUGCUCACCAAGGUGUUCAGCGCAGACCCGUCCAUAACCUUUGAGGCGUACGACACCACAGACCCCAGUGCACCCACAAUGAUCUACGGGCCGGGCCCAAGGCUCAUCUUCUACAAGGAGAGGGACAUUGCACCCUUUACUGCCGCCUCGCCCGCCAACGUCACGCGCCCCUGGGAGCAGCGCGCUGUCGUGCCUCUUGACCUGCUGGGCGGCCGUCUGCGCCAGUACCAGGUACUUCAAGCCUCCCGAAUGAUGCGUGGCACUCAUGCGGCGGGCGUGCCCUUCUUCUGGGCUCUACUCGCCCUGGUGCUCGCACCCUUGGUGUCUGCCAGCCGUAGCAUGGCAACAAUUCUUGCAACUCCUUCCUCCCAACUCCCUUCCACCGCUGCUACCACCAGGUACUCCGAGCCUUCCGAUGCAUGGCAAUCGUGGGGCAUUCGCUUCCUCUGGGCAUUACUUGCUGUCGUCCUCACAGCAUUAGUAGCAGCCGUGGCAUGGCAGCAGCGCGUGGGGUACUUACGAAGCCAAGAAGGAAUGGCAGAGGCCGACCGUCUCCGAGCCAGCGCGCGCGCAGCAGAGCGGUCCAAGAGUGUGUUCGUGGCGUCCAUGUCUCACGAGCUGCGCACGCCCAUGAUCGGCAUCAUGGGGUUGUUAGACGCUCUGGCAGACAUGGGGCUGAGUCGCAAUCAGUUAGCGGAUGUGGGGGAGGCGAGGGCAUCAGCGGAGGACACGGUUCGGCUGGUGAAUCGCGUGCUCGAUCUGUCCAAGCUGGAGGCCCGCAAGAUGGGGCUUUUGGUGGGAGUGGUGGAUGUGAACGUGCCAGAGGAGCUGGAAGUUGACGUCAUGAGGCUCACUCAAGCUUUCCAAGAGCUUAUAGACAAUGCAGUGCGCUACACGGGGAGCGGACACGUGUUGCUGAGGGUGUCUGUAUGUUCCGCCACCACCACUCUGCAGCAAGCCCUCGACCAUCUCAAUUCCUCAGACGCGCCUCUCCCGCCCUCGCCUCCUCCUCCCCCUCCAUCGCUGUGGGCGGCUGAGGGAGUGAGUGGGGUCACGAGGGGGGAUGGAGGAGAGGGGGACUCGGAGGAGGGUUGGGGGGGCGAUGGGGGAGAAAGUGGGUAUGGCAGCGGCGGGAGUGGGGGGAUGCAGCUGGUGGUGGCGUGUGAGGAUACAGGGUGUGGCAUUGAGCAGGAGAAGCAAGAAGGGCUGUUUGAGUUGAAGGGGAGAACAGAGAGUGGGGGAGCAGGGCUGGGCCUUGCUCUCACACACCAACUGGUGACCCUCAUGGGCGGCCAUGUGGCCUGCUUGUCUCAUCCCGGCAUCGGCUCAACCUUCGCCUUCUCCCUCCCCUUCUCCUCGCCCCCCUCGCCCCCCGCCCCUCCCACUCGCCUGACUCCCCCCCUCACUCCUCCCACUGCCGUCACCCAUCAUCAUCCCACUCCUCUUGCACCCAUCACUCACCCUCCCGCUCCCCCCACUGGCGGUUUGGAGGGAGUGGCAGUGGGCGUGGUGGCAUCUCAUGGAGUCAGGAGAGAGCUGACGGCUCGCAUUCUAUCGGGUCUCGGGGCACAAGUGCGCAUGCUUCGAGCCCCUAGGAGCGAGCCUCGGCGAGGGAGAGAAGGUGAAGGAGUUGAAGGAGAGAAACCCGAGGGAGAAGGACAGAGCAUUUGUUUAGAUGGAGAAGGAGAGGAUAGGUGGUCAGGAGGAGGAGGGAGGAGCUUUUUAGAGGGAAAAGAGAGGAUCGAGGGAGUAGUGGCGAUGAGGGAGGGCAUCCCUUGGGUGGUGGUGGUGGAAGAGGAGGAGGGUCUGUAUAGAGGGCACAGGGAGGAAGCAGGAGGGCCUGCUACUGUUGGUGCAUAUGAGAGUGGUGUGAGUGGUCAGGAGUGUGGUGGGAAUGGGUGGUGGAGGGGGCAUGCGCUAGAAAGCGGGGCGGUUGUGGCGUGGGGCAAGGGAAUGCCUGUGGUUGCGCUGGUGCCUCCAACAGGGGCAGGCAGCAGGGAGGCAGCAGUGUGGCAGGCGGGCGUGCGUGCGGUGAGAGUGAUGGAGGGGAUGGAAGGGAUGCCACGUGGCGCUCUGGUGGUGGGGGUGGUCGUUCUGACGGCCUGCUGUGGUGGAGAGACGAUGGGGGAUGGAGAGGAGAGGGAGGAAGGAGAAGAGGAGGAGGAGGAGGAGGAGAUAGAGGAGGAAGAGGAGGGAGAAGAGGAAGAGGAGGGAGAGGAUGUAAUCAUCUGUCGCCGCCCAUUGCUCUCUCACCAUCUGCACCAUGCCGUUCAGAUGGCAGCAUUUGGACAGGGCAAUGUGGAGGACGAGCAGAGGGAGAGCAAGCAGGAGAGGGACAGCGCGCAGCAUGUGGGUAGUGAACUGGAUGGCACAAGCCUGAGUAACGGUUACAACUGGGUUACCAGGAGGAGCAAUGGAGAGGCAUGGCAGGGAGAGAGUCGUAUCGCAAAGGGUGCGAGGGAGAUGGCAAGAGUGGGAGCAGACAGUGCAAGUGCAGCAGAUGGUGAUGCGUACAGCAGCCAAAGCAGCAGCUUCAGGAGCGGGAGAGAGUCAGCAGCAGCUGCAGCAGCAGAUGCAACGCUGCAGGGGAUGGGGGUGGUGCAGGGAAGUGUGACCACACCAGCCCGCGGUGCUGACCGUUCAGCCCGAGAGGUGGAUGCAGCCCUGCAGAAGAGCAGUGAGGUGCUGCAAGGGAUUGGGAGAUCGCAGCCAGGCAAGGGAUGCAAGGGGUCGAGUGCGGUGCCGCAGGGUGCGGGGGUGCUAGCGGGGGUGCGCGUGCUGGUGGUGGACGAUGCGGCGGUGAAUCUGCUGGUGGCGCGCCGCACUCUCACUCGCAGCGGCGCCACCGUCGCCACCGCAGCCAGCGGGGAGGAGGCGCUGCGGCACGUCAAGCAGGCCUUGGAGGGCCUGGGGGGCAGCGCACACCCCGUGGAGCCUGGCUUGGAGAAAGGCGCUGUAGAGGCGGUGGUGGGGCAUGUGGAUGUGGUUCUCAUGGACCUGCAGAUGCCGCUCAUGGACGGGUUUGCAGCCACAGCCGCCAUACGAGCACAUGAACAAGCCCUGCGUCUUCAUCCCACAUCCCCAACAGAAGCUGCAGACAGAGCAGCAACGCAACACACACAAUCAAGCUCGCAAGGUUCGAAAGCCCCCACCAUCCCUCGGGGCGCAAUCAGGCAUGCAAGGCUCCUCAUAGUGGCGCUGACAGCAGAUGUGGAUGAUGAGGUCACGCGGCGCUGCCUUGCGAGUGGCUUUGAUGGCGUUCUGCAGAAGCCUGUCGACCCGAAGCUGCUCUCGCAGCUGCUGCUGCGGCUUGGAUUGCCGAGGCUGUGCGCGCCGGGUCUAGGCCAGAGCAGUUCGUUCGCAUCUCCCAUUUGUUGA